AUGGGGAAGUUGAUCUCUAAGUUUCAAUCGGAGUUUAUCGAAGGAAGGCAAUUGUUUGAUGGGGUUUUAGUUCUCAAUGAGGUGUUGGAUUUUGCUAAGAGGAGUAAGAAGUGUUUGGUGUUGACGGUGGAUUUUGAGAAAGCAUAUGAUUGUGUGUCUUGGGGGUUUCUUAGAUAUGUCUUGAAACGCAUAGGGUUUGGUGCUAGGUGGUUAUCUUGGAUGGAAGGUACAGUUUUUUCUAGUUCUAUUUCUAUUUUGGUUAAUGGAUCGCCUACAAGGGAGUUUGAGGCUUCUAGAGGUUUACGUCAAGGGGAUCCUCUUUCUCCGUUCCUUUUUUUGUUUGUGGCGGAAGGUGUAGCAGGCAUGAUGCGUAAUGCGGUUGCCGAAGGUAGUUUCAAAGGCUUUCAGCUCUCUUCUGAUUUAUCUUUUGAGAUGCUCCAAUUUGCGGAUGACACGGUUCUCAUUUGCGAUGGCUCUAAGGAGAAUUUGUGGGACUUUUUAUGGGGAAGAAGCGAGGGUCAUCGAAAGGUAUGUUGGGUUAGCUGGGAAAAGAUUUGUCGCCCGCGUAAAAAGGGUUGGUUAGGAGUGAAGAAUAUUGAGAUUUUCAAUCUUGCUUUGAUGAGUAAAUGGGGGUGGAGAUUUUUGUCGGAUAGGGAGGUGGUUUGGUAUAAAUUUUUGGAGUUUAGGUAUGGUGUGGGGAUGGAGGCUCUUUGUGGGGUGAUUCCGGAUAGAGAUUUAUUGAAAUCUUCGUUGUGGUGGAGGGAUGUUCGUAAUGUUUGCGGGUUUGAAGUCAACGAUAUUCCAUGGUUUUCUAAUUGCAUUUCAAGGAGACUUGGGGAUGGUGAAGGUACUCGGUUUUGGGAGCAUGCUUGGUUGGGGCCUACGCCUUUUAAGGUGCUUUUUCCUCAUCUCUUUAGUCUUUGUUCUAUGCCUAAUUUUAGUUCUCCUUCUUCUUCUUCUUCUUGUGUUGCUAAUAUGGGCGGUUGGGUGGAUAAUGUUUGGAAGUGGGAUUUGGGUUUUUCGGAGGAUGUUUUGGAGGGGGGUGUAGCUUGUGAUCGGAGUAAUUUGUUGAACCUUUUGGAAGGGGUGGCGCCUAAUCCGGGGGUGAAAGAUAAGUGGAUUUGGUGGAGGCAUGGUGAGGGGUUUUCGGUUAAAAAUUGUUUUCGGCGGAUUUAUUCGUUAAGGAGUUUGGAUGUUGUUUUGAACGAUGGGUGUAAAUUAGAGUUAAAAAGAUUAUGGGAAGCUAGAGUUCCUAGUAAAUUUCAAGUUUUCGGGUGGAGGUUGUUGUUUAAUUCUCUACCUACUCGUCGGGCUCUUUGUAUUCGAGGUAUGGAAAGAAUUGUUAGUGAUAUUUUAUGUCCUUUAUGUGGUUUGGAGGAAGAACCGGAGGGUCAUCUUUUUCUUGUGUGUGCCCAUACGAGAAAUGUGUGGAAGGAGGUGUUUAAUUGGUUGGGCUCCGAUUUGGAGGUGGAUGUGGGGGCGAUGGAUGAUACCUUAGAGAAUGAGAUGGGGUUUGGGGUGGUGGAUUAUAUUUGUGAGAAGUUGAGGGGGGUGGUCAAACCGCUAUUUUUUGCUUUUCUUUGGCUUUUGGUUUGUUGGUGCAUUUGGUUGGAAAGAAAUAAAGUGGUUUUUAAGGAAUGUUGUUGGAAUCCUACCGAAAUCUUGAUUGUAAUUAAGAAUUUGGGUUGGGAUUGGUUAUCUAUUCUUGCUAAAGGUAGGGGAAAUAGCACGAAGGAGGUUUGGCUUUGCAAUCCUUGCGCUUAUGUUGGUGUGUAG